AUGAACCAUCGCAAUAUAGUUUACCGCAAUAAUGCCGAUCAUCGUUGCAUCAAAGUUGAUUCAAUAAAUUACUGUAAAAUAUCUGGUGCAAAGCGGGUAGUUUCUCAAACAUUUUUACAGCCGACUGGAAGUAGCACUAAUAAAAUUGGUAAAAUAUUAAGAAAUGUAACUAAUAGUUUGCCUGAAAUUGCAAUAAAACGAGAAGAUGACGAUAGAGCGGCUGAUUCUAGGCUGUUGCUUGUGAAUGGGUGUUGGGAUACUUCUAAUAAAAUUCCAAAUAUAAUAGCAGAUUUGCACAACGUCUCAUCAGAUGAAUUUCAAUCAAUGCAGAAUAUCUCUUUUAAAGAGCACGAUUUUAUGACGGAUUCAAAGGAAUUUACAAAUCGAAGCCCCAGAGAUUCGGAUAGUGGAAUUGAAUCCGAUUGUACGGACGGAAACUUGUCCUGGUUAUUAAAUUAUAAAAUUCACGAAUUACCACCAGUUCCAGAUACACUAUCGUCGGACCAAUUAAUUGAAAAUAGAAUUUUAACCAGCGGAUAUCAAGAAAACAAAGAACAGAGGCAUAGAAUUGUAGAAAUAAGAAAUUCAUGUUUUAAGGAGGAUGCCACCAAAAGCACAGGAUCGAACAGUAGUUACUCUGGCUUAAAAAAACCUCCGUUCACAUACACUGAAUUAAUUGAGCACGCCUUAAACGAAAAAGGAGAACUCACUGUAUCUGGAAUUUAUCAGUGGAUUUCGGAUCAUUUUCCAUUUUACAAACAACAUGACGACCGAUGGAAAAACUCAGUGCGACAUAAUCUUUCAAUAAAUCCGCAUUUCCGAAAAGGUGGGAAAGCGGUUCACGGCGCGGGACACUUGUGGACUAUCGCUCAAAGGGAUGAAAAAAGAGCAAAACAAAUCAAACUUAGAAUGCAACAAUUUAUUCAGACUGCAUAUAAAGAUUUAAAAACAGAAGAGCAACAUGCCCUUGAUGAGGAAUUAAAAGCAGCUACAGAAAGCAUUUUAGUGGAUGGUUAUAACGAAAGAAGGCAAGAAAAUGUUACCCAGACCAGAGUGGCAAAUGGUUUGGAAAAAGAAAGCAUUGAAGUGGAGUUUGUGAAUAUUAUUGAUGUUCCAACAGGACUUGAAGAUUUUCUUUCACCACCUGUAUCAAAACAGCAGAUCGUUCAAGAAUGUGGACUUGGCAGUGAUUUUUUUAUAACGGAUUUAAAUCCAAAUGCACUCGGUUUAAAUUUGUCCGAAGCCAUUGCCGAAGAUGGAAUUUAUGAAGAUAUGUCUUUUGAGUAUUACGAAAACACUUAA